AUGACACCUACUUUCUCACUUGCUGCUAUCAAAGCUGGUCUCUCUGCUCUCAAAAGCAAGACUCAAAUCAAGGAGAAUGAACUGCUUAACCGCCUAAAUUCUAAUGAGAAGAUCUCAUCUUCAGAAGAGACUUGGCUAGAUCAGGAGGCUAACCAUGUUGAUGAAGAGGCUCUUGUCAAUACUCUCGAGACUGCUUCAGACUUUGAACGCGCCCUCACACGCCUCAAUACUAGAGAGAAGAAGAUGGUUGAGGAGCUGGUUAAGGAGGGGGGAGAUGGAAAAGGCGCCAGCUCAUCAGAGUCAGGAGAGGCUGUAGCUGAUAGGCGCAAGCGCCCUACGAAGUGUAAAGCUCCUGAGAAGAAGUCUGAGUCCACUCCCUCCACCCCCUCCAUCUUUACUCGCAAGGAGAAUGCCUCCCUUGAACAGUGUAUUGAGAUCUUAGACUGGCAUCAUACCAAUGGUAAAAACCAGUCUAAGACCGCAAAGCACUUUGCACCCAUCUAUCUCAAUCUCUGCAUCAAACAGUCCUUGAUCUCUGCUUGGCUCAAAGACGAGACAAAGUGGCGUCAACACUGGGCUGAAUCAGAGGCCUCUCAUAAUGCAGAUCAUGCAAAGCGCGCUAAGCGUGCUAGGCAGGUUGAGCAUCCUGAGGUUGAUGAGAUGCUAGAGCUCUGA